AUGAACUCAAGGUUCGGUAGAAUAUCAAAAUACAAGAAUGUUUUCAGUCAAAUAGGUUCGAAGAAAACACAUUACGAUAAUGUGAAAAUUACGAACAGUGUAUGGGAUACAAAUGUAAUUAAAGCGAAUGGUAUGUUUCUUUCCAUUAUUUGGAAUUCAUUUGGCUCGUUUGCCGUCCUUCCAAUAUCUGAAUCUGGUAAAUGCCCAGAUGUAAUGCCAUUAUUUACCGGUCACAAAGGGAACGUAUUGGAUAUUGAUUUUGACCCAUUCGAUGAUUAUAAGAUUAGUUCCUGCUCAGAGGAUAAAAGUAUAGCCAUAUGGCAGAUUCCAAAGGAUUAUUCAAUACGUUCUAAGAGGUUCAAAUUUAAGGGCAUCCAACCUACUGCCAGACUAACCGGCCAUGAGAAAAAAGUAGGUCAUGUACUUUAUAACCCAGUCAUUCAAGAUCUACUGGCUUCAUCCUCCUUCGAUCAAACUGUCAAAAUUUGGGAUAUCUCGACUGGAGAGACACUUCACACACUGCAACAUGACGAAGUGGUACUAUCACUCAGUUUCUCGUAUGACGGGAACUAUUUAGCUACACUUUCCCGUAAUCGUAUUUUGAGAGUUUGGGACAUCCGUAAUGGAACAGUAAUCAGUCAAGGUGAAGCCCACGAAGGGGUGAAGAGCCAAAGGGUGAUAUGGUUGGGUAAUUCUAAUAGACUGGCCACCACCGGAUUCUCUAAUUUAAGUUACCGUCAAAUUGGUAUUUGGAACGCAUUCAACAUCGAAGAUGGUCCAAUUAAGAAAUUUUAUAGCAUUGAUCAAUCAUCAGGAAUAUUGAUGCCCUUCUAUGACAAUGGGAACAAGAUUCUAUAUGUGGUGGGGAAAGGUGACGGAAGCAUUAGAUAUUAUGAGUUUCAAAAUGAUGAAUUAUUCUUACUCUCAGAGAUCUAUUUCAUUGAAUCACAGAGAGGCUUUGCUGUUUCACCCAAAAGUCAUGUAAAUGUUAAAGAAAAUGAAAUUCUGAAGGGGUAUAAGACCGUUCUAGAUAAGGCUAUCGAACCUAUUUCAUUUUAUGUACCGAGAUGGUCAAAGGAGUUCCAGUACGACAUCUACCCCGACUGUCCCUUUACUAAGAAGCCCGCAUUGACCGUAGCUGAAUGGCGAAUGGGGAAGACUGUGGAAGGUCCCAUUCUUUUCAGUAUGAAAUCUCUUUAUGACGAUUCUGAGCCAUCCUUGUAUCCUGCCAGGAAAGAAACUGAGAAUAAAGCAAAGAUUCUCAAAGACCCCACUACAAGCGCAGCCAUAAAUCAAGUUCAAGAGUCCAAAGAUGUUAGAAAAGAGUCAACGACGGAAACGGAAGCGGAACCUUCACCGCAACCGACCAGUAUUACUAACCUUACAAAAACAUCCCCUAGUUCCAAAAAUACACUACUACAAGAUAUCAAACGCGAACUGGCAGAAAUACCCUCACUGAUCUGCAGACUGGACGACAGUAUAGCGAAACUCAGGGACCUGAAUCUGUCUGAAAAACACCAAGCUACUCUCAUAACAAGACUGGAUCGCAGCAUAGACCAAUACGUCUCCAAGAACACCCGGUGA